GGAGUCCAGUAUGGACUCGAGAAUACAAUGGAGAGAGAGAGAGAGAGAGAGAGAGAGAGAGAGCAUAGAUGUGGAUUAUUAACCCUAAACAAGCUGAUGGUGAAGAGCUGCACCUACUACCCCUCAUCGGUAAUCUUUUCGACCAAAUGGCUAAGGCCAGGGUCUAGUAAACUGGACUACGCUUCGGUUAUUGGUAGGUCCGUAUUGCAGAGGGUGACAACGAUAAGAUACCUUGUGUAACCCAUUACAAGUCUUUUGAAUUCCUAGUAAUGCCGGACAACCUUUAGUAGGUUAAUGAAUGAUGUUUCUUCAUGACUAUGUUCAUGGGGUAAAAUUCAAGCCACCUAAACCAUUCGGCGCCAAUCCUAGGUCCUACACUGAAUAAGGCUAAGCCUGCCUUCCACAAGCCACACUAUAGAAAAGAGCAAUCACACACACACACAAGGGUCACUAGCACAAGCAUAAACAAGAGUCGUAGCCCACUGCAUUACCUGUACACUUACACUAGUAGAUUGCCACAGAUGCCCCUCAAGGGUCUGUACCUGGUCUUAAUAUAGACCUUAGCUACACCAUUUUUCAGAUAAAAUACACAUGUCAAACAGCUCUGGCCAUGGCCUGGCCAAGGACACAUAGUGGCGUGUCAGCUGACCACUGGGUCAGUUAUAGUAACUCCCCACUCCUUGGUCCAUUACACUAUUCCACAACUUAGCCUCCCACCAUUCUCGCAUCCUUAGAGUCAUAGCCACCUGGCUAGUCAACCUGCGGUAGUUACCAUAGUCACCCCAAUCCUAACAGACCAAAGCCCAGCAGUUACAGCCACGUCUCAGGCUCACCCUCCACGCAUGCCUCAGUUUAAAUGUGAAUCUUGGCAACCGCCCUGCCCGGGUGCCCAUUGUCCACAAUCAUGACCGUUAUGGUCAACACAUGCCCAACAAGAUGCCUGGAAAAGCCUACCUCUUGCAUAUGGUCCUUACUCAUGUCCCGUCAAGUCAAGCCAAUCAAGCCAUAACUUAAGCUAGGAACAACGAUCUGUCUACACCUUCUACACCAAGGUCUCGCACAAGGGCUCUUUAGCAUCCAGCCACCUGCACACACACCAUGCACCACUCUAGCACCACCUUGACCUCUCUUACGGUUAAGAUUGAGGGGUCUUACUUUCCUCAUAUAUAGUUUUCGGCCAAAAGAACUGGUUUGUUAAGAGAGAGAGCUAGCUCUGCUAAAGAAACACAAAGUCAAUCAUUCAUGCGGGAGCCUUCCUAAGUGGUGAUUCGCCGCAUCAAGGGGGUUUCUUGACAGAGUCCCUCGACCAACCUGCACACACCACUUAGCCUGUGUGCAUGACAUUAAGGAAAGUUUUCUAACAAGCUGCCUCGACCUCAAUUCCAAUGUCCUCGUUGGACACUUGACCUUCACCCAGUUCCCAUAAACCAUGAUCUUGGCCAAUGCUCAUGUAUGCUUGGACAAAGCCUCUUGCUUGGCCCUUCUCACACGUGGUCAGAUCCGAUGCUACCACCAAGUGUCCAUUCAUUCACUUGGCCAGGUCCAUUGGUGCCACCAAGUCUUUGUUCACGCGCACACAAUCAGGUCCUCAAGCUACCACCAUGUGGUUGGGUUCGUAGCCAGGUCUGCUGCUGCCACCACCUGCAGUCCUCGAGAGGAUGGCCUUGCACCGGCCGUACUACUGGUCAAGUAAUACUUGCGGUAUGCAUGCUGGUUGCCAAAUCUCAUCUUUCUUGCCCUGUUAGGGCUAGGUUGAUUACUCACCACAUCACACCUCCCACUAGUCGAAGAUGCCUCUCCCAUCAUGGAGUCAGAUGAGUCUGUCCAUUGACCCACCCUUAACACUAAUGGUCUAUUUGUGAUGACUCGACAUGAGUCAUCACUUGACUCCUCAGAGUUAGUUGCCUCAACAGCAUGCGGUCUGGACUCGUCCCAAGUUUGUGCCCUAGUCUCUACAAGCUGCAUUGCAUUCAUCAAGCUCAAUGAGCCAAGCUAUGUUGGGGCCUCCUCGUUGUCCUCCACUAGUCGAACUGUGUUAAGGGUUUGCUUUUGCAGUCACUCCCUCAUUUGAUGGUCACCCCUGCAAAUGAAACGGCCUGAGAAGGCCUUCCGGGGUGCCUUCUUGUCUUUGGUCACUCCCUUCUUUGGUCUGGUGCCAUUGCAGUGCAUCACUCUCACCAUCUGCCUCUAUGGUCCACGGACAUGCUUUGACUCCACCGCCCCAUGAAGAUCAAAAUUUGCUAGGUCCUCAGUUGUUGCCAUAGUGGUAGGCAAGUCAUGCACUCCUUGCCUCAACUCGGCCUAGGUCCAACCUUGCAACCUAGAUAUGAAGAUAAACAACUAGUCUUCAUUGGUCAUGGUCCAUAUGUCUAACAUGACGGAUGUGAACGUUUUUACAUAGUUCCUCACGAAGCCUGCCGAAGCUUCCUCAAAGCCUUCUGAGCCACCCAAGCUGCAUUGCAUGGCAAUAACUGAUACUUCAACUCUUGUUUCAAGGUAUCUCAAGUGCUCACCUUGGGCCUUGAUGUAUCCUCGAUAAGCACCCUCCAUUAGAGCUUUGCAUGUCCGUCAAGGUACAUGGCACAGAUGCCAACACAAUCCCCUCACGAGCAUGGGUAUUCUCGAAGUGUUGCUCCGUGUCCUAUAAGAAGUCCUCCAACAACUUGGGGCUUCCCCCAGUCUUCAAACAUCCUAGGCUCUGGUACCCUCACACUCUGAGAGUCCAGCCCGCCACUUGUGCUACCCUCUUGACAUGAGCCAUGUUUCCUACAAGGUUAUAAGGUUGGCCUUGAAGGAUUCCGUGACAGCCUUGAGGUCAUCCAUAACCCCUCCCAUAUGAACAUCAAAGGCACCACAGUAGUCCUCCACCUUAGCCUCCAAAGAACCGAUCCGAGCCUCCAAGACAGUAAGGUUCUGCCUCAAUCCACAAUCCUGAGUUCCAUGGGGGAGUUGUUCCAACUAUUCCUCAAGGUGGUCGACAUGGUCCCGAACUUCAGCAAUACCACCAGCCAUGGGCACACUCUCUGACCAACCUUUUGGCUCUGAUACCAACUUAGAUGUGGAUUUUCUUGGAAUGGUUAUCAGUGGAUUCCAAAUAGAAGGAAUCGCGCUUGGGUUUGCUUGGCUAAAGUGUCAACCAUUAUAACACUACAUUCAAAGUUCAAUUCCUGCUGCUGAAUAACCCCCCCAAAAAAAAUUUGAUUCCAAGCUCAAGCUUAAAUGCAAGCAACGGCUCCUGAACUCAUUUGAGGUAGCAAGAACCAAGCCUGAGAUCCCUUUUUAAAAUCUAACAUGGGUGAGAUUGAUACAAAAUCAAUUGAGCCUGUUCAAGUUGCACUAUCAUUGUUUGGUGAGAAAUCUGAGCAGAGAAAAUACAGAUCGGUUGGUAGUGAGGAGACAGAGAAGAAGGAAUACAACGUCAUACAUAAGGAGUUGGCAAAUUACAAGGUGCAGCUUGAAAUCAAAGAAUCUGCCAAUGUCCAGGUCCUACGUAAGCUUGAAUCCUGUGAGAAAACAAUCGAAGGUUUGUCCAUUCGAUUGCACAAGACUGAGUGCGAUAGAGAUCGCUACAUCGAGGAAUGUGAAACUCUAAAAACCCACAUAGAUAAACUGGAAUCUGAGAACAAGGAGUUGAGGGAUUCACAAUUAGAGUUGCUAAAUCUUAGACAAGAACUUUCAGUUGCUGAGAAGUCAAAGCUAAAGGCAAUGGAACAAGCCGAAGAGAUGGCGACCACAUUGGAUUUAGAGAGGGAAAAGGUCGAGGAGCUUCUAAAACACAUCUCGGAACUCAACCAAGCUCUACUUUUCGCUAAGUUGGAAGCUAUAGAGGCAGAGAAAGAGAAAUCGGCUCUUUUAUCAGAGAAAGAAGAAGAGGUGGACAAGGCUCGAGUAAUGGCUGAGCAAGCAUGUAAGGAGUUAGAAGACAUGAGGAAACAGCUUGAUGCAUCAAAAGGCUUGGAGAAACAGCUUUUGGCGAGUUCUCUUGCUAUAGAUUCUUUGAGAGAUGAACUUCAAAAGGCUAGAGAGUUGCAGAAUUCUUCUGCCAAAGCUGCUUCCACUGCCGUUGAUGAAUUAAACAAGCUAAAACAAGAGAUGGACAUAAUAAGGAAGGCUGACUCAGAUAUAACUGAUUCCAUUGAAUCAUUAGAAGCAUUGUUAAACCAAUCAAAAGAAGAACUAAAAAAUGCAAAAGAAGAGGUUCAUGAAUUGAAAAACUGUAUUUUAGUUACUCACAAUGAGAUGGGGAAAGUGAGAAAUGAAAUGGCUGCGAUGGUGAAAAGAGAAUCAGAAGCACAAAUUGAAUGUGCAUUAAUGAAAGCUGAGCUCCACAAAAUGAAGUCGAAGGUUGCUGCAUCAGAAGCAGCUGAAGCAAAGGCUAGGAGUGCCACUUCUGGGUUGUAUCUUGCAGUGCAACAGUUGGCCAUGGAAGCAGAGGAAGCAAAGAAAGAAGCACAGAAAUUAAAAGAAGCAAAUAAAGCAGGAAAGAUCAUUGAGAGAGCAAACAAAUCGAUCCAUAGCCCACAAAAUGAGAAGCUGAGUCCCUCAAGCAUAACUGAAACGGCGGGUUCUUCAGAGGCAAGAGGAAUUAUAGAACUGAGCAUCAAAAGUGAAGAACUCACUAAAUCCUCUUGUUCAGGAAUCACAAUCUCCAUUGAGGAGUACGAAUCCUUGAUCAGGAAGAGUGAGAAAUCCGAUAUUAACACUUAUCCUCGUGACGAUGAUACAUUGCAUCAACUUGAAGCCAUGAGAGAACGAGAGUUUGAGAUUUUGAACAAAUUGGAAGAAGCUAAUAAAGAGAUAAGUAAGCUUAAAUCAACUGUGGAUGACACCAUGAAAAGAGCAGAAAUGGCAGAGAAGGCCAAGGCAGCUGUCGAGGAUCAGCUUAGGAAAUGGAGAGAACAAAGACAAAGGAGAAGGGCUGCUUCGUCUAAAGAUCUAAGCUCUGGAAACGGCAAAACACCGAGCCCACCUGUUUAUGACACACCCAUGCACUAUGAGACAUUGGGUAAAGUUUUGAACAUCAAAAUCUAGUCCUUCUGAAUAGGUUAAUGAGAUUUGAUCAGUCACAAACAAGUCAUUGGUCAUAGUUUCACAAGGUGAGGAACACUAGCGAUGAAUAUGAUUUCAGCUACCAAUACUUUUGUUCUAUCAUGUCUUAUUGUGUUGAGAAAAAUUGAUGGAAAUAUUAGGGACACAAUUUCUUUGUAGCGUGCAUAAGCAGACCAUUCAAACUGAUGCGUUGAUUCUCAUCAGCCUCCUGAUCUGAGAAAAACUCGACCACUGUACAAGUAACAUAAUUGUACAUCGAUGGCAAUACAGAAGAGAACAGGUUAUCUGGAUUGUUCAUUUUUUUCCUUUGUGCAGUAAAUGUACUUCGACUUUGAAGGCAAAUUGACUAUAUAUGUCCACGUAAAUUUGGUCCAAGCCCUAGAACUGAAUUGAAUCAAUUUUUUUGCUGUA